AUGAUUUGUGUUUGUGAAGCAACAACAGUUUUGACAACCGCGAUGGCGGAGAAGUUGUAUUUGUGUCUGACAAGACUGGUGGCAGCGGAGUUUAUUCUCAAAGAAAAUCUGCCAAAGUCAACUCCUGUAACCCGUAUUGGUCAAGGUCAUGAGACAAGUUCAUUUAAAUUCAACUUUGCUUCUUGGUCAGUAGCUUUAGCAGCUUCUGCUCCUGAGGAAACUAGAGGAAAAGUAGCAGCUCUGCUGAAGCAACAAGUUGCUUUUGCCAAAGGUCAGACAAAAACGGCUCCUGUAGAGGAGGAAGUUCCACCUUUGCUUGGAGAAAAUGGAAAAAUUGAGGUAUGGUGUAUUGAUGGUGAACAAAAGACGGAAUUACCCAAGGAGGAUAUUGGAAAAUUUUACAGUGGAGAUUGCUAUAUUUGUCUUUACUCCUACCAUUCUGAUGAAAAGAAAGAAGAUCACUACCUGUGCUGUUGGAUUGGGAAGGAUAGCAUCCAGGAGGACUAA